GUACACUCCACCCCUGAUCCUUGCAAUUCGAAGAUGGCAGACCACGAUCCCAGCCUAUGCCGCUAUGCGCUGUUGAUCGGGAUCGACGAUUACUCCGAAAGACCACUGAAAGGAUGCGUACGAGAUGUCCACGAAAUCAAAAACUACUUGGAUGGCAUGUCCAAGCCCAGGGUUCAUACACACCUCUUAACAGCCAGUUCGAUCAAAGACUCAGCACUUUCAUCCGGCACUACAGCGUUGGAACUCCUGCCAACAUAUCAAAAUGUCGUGGAUACCCUUGAGAAAAUCACGCUUCAAGCAAAGGCGGAAGACUUUGUUUACAUCCAUUUUUCGGGCCACGGCACAGCUUUCAGACCUUCCCGCGACAAAUCUCUUAGCAAAGCGACCAAUCCUUCUACUGGAGAUCUAGCUCUCAAUCUUCUUCAAGAAGAGGAUAAUCGCCAGAUUCGAUACUUGAGAGGAUUCGAAUUGGCUCACAAGCUUAGAAAUAUGGUGGACAAGGGACUGCAAGUCACUCUUGUACUGGACUGCUGUUUCGCAGGGAGUAUAAUGCGUGACGCAGUGACUCGAUAUCUAGAUUACGAUGCCCGAGCUGAUACUGCGUGCCCACCAGAUUCUAAGGGCGCUUUGAGCUUGGUACAUGAGGUUGAAAAGAAUGUGUAUCGAAAACCUUCCUUGUGGCCGAAUUGGCUCGUCAAUCCCGAUGGCUAUACGGUCAUCACGGCGUGCGGACCAACCGAAACCGCCAAAGAGAUCCUAAUCGACGGACAGAGACAUGGAGCUUUGACCUAUUAUCUGACUGAAGUCUUCAAAAAGUAUGGAGGCAUCGGCGGGAAGCAACGUUAUAUCCAUCAAGCCUUGCGGGCUAGGAUCAGAGACGCGCGGGAAAAGUACAAUCUCGACCAGAAUCCUAUGAUGUAUGGAAACAGGGACCUCUAUUUUUUCGGAUGUAUCAAUCCACGUAUCGGUCCUGCUCCUAUCACAGCCACGCGAACUCGUGACGGAGAGCUCCGGCUCGAUGCUGGUGAGGCGCAUGGAAUUCGCAAGGGAGAUACGUUCGCUCUCUGUGCAGAAAUUUCUGCGACUUCGUCGGGGUUGGAUAUGGCGCCACAAAGAGUAGUCGGGACCGCUGAAGUUGUUCUUGUGAGGGCGCUUACAUCCGAACUCGACUCAUCAGGGGAAAGCAUUGUGGGUGGCCGACUAAUCGCUGCUACGGCGCUCACACGUCAUUUGUUGCACGAAGCCCCCGUUCGAAUCGAUCUUGGUGAUAACAAUCCGGAGGGCUGGAAAGAAGCUUUGGAAGGACGUGAAUUCCUUGACACUUCCGGUGUACGAAAAGAAGAACCUGGGCCGAAUGCUUCAUUUGGCGUGAAGCUCAUAGGCUCCAGCCAUUACGAAAUCCGCGAUGGGGUAGAUCGACCGCUUUUACACCUGCCUGUUGCUUCUUCGGUGGACGAAGAGAGCGCCGAGAGGGUGUCGCAAAUCGCGGAGCAUCUAGCUAGGUUCGAUUCGGUGAAGCGUUUGACCAAACUGCAUCAAACAGAAUCUGAAAGAUGCUUUGAGGAGUCUUUCAGUGCUCAUCUGAUCAAGCCAGGAGGUUUGAUAGUGCAAAGAGGAUGUUUACACACUGACUCAUCCGAACCAGCAUGUUCUCAUUCAGAAUGUUUGAUCGAGGUGGAAGAGGGACAAUCUAUCUCUCUGGAGGUGAGAAAUAAGGAGAAAGCCGGGGGACAUGCCUUGUGUCUCCACCUCUACAACCUAGGCUCCUCUUGGGAUAUUACGAAUCUCCUCAAAACGGAUUAUGUGGUGAUUCCACCGAGCUCUAGUAACCAAAGUGGAGAGUUCAUGAAAGGCACUAGUGGCGUGUGGAAUAAGGCAAUGAAAAUGACAAUCCCAUCCAGACACCGUGAGAGUGGCGAGAAGCAUGAAGACGACAUCAUUAAACUCUUUGUGACCAGUCAACCAACCUCGUUGGCUUCGUUAGAAUUACCGGAGCUCGAGACAGUGUUGGAGAGGAACGCUUCGCGCAAAACGAAAAGUGGGGUGACCAGCAGGAACAAUACAAGUGUUUUCAGUGAAUCUGAAAACUGGGCUACACUGAGUUUUCGCAUUCGGACAAAGGCAAAGCUGGUGAGUUAG